GGGCCGGGGCCGGGCCGGGGCCGGUGCGGGCGGGCAGGAGGAUGGCGGCGGCCGGGGCCGGGGCCACGACGAUCGAGGCGGUGAAGCGCAAGAUCCAGGUGCUGCAGCAGCAGGCGGACGACGCCGAGGAGAGGGCGGAGAGGCUGCAGCGGGAGGUGGAGGCAGAGCGCCGCAACCGGGAGCAGGCCGAGGCCGAAGUGGCCUCCCUGAACCGCCGCAUCCAGCUGGUGGAGGAGGAGCUGGACCGGGCGCAGGAGCGGCUGGCGACAGCGCUGCAGAAGCUGGAGGAGGCUGAGAAGGCUGCGGACGAGAGCGAGAGAGGCAUGAAGGUGAUCGAGAACAGGGCCCUGAAGGACGAGGAGAAGAUGGAGCUGCAGGAGAUCCAGCUCAAGGAGGCCAAGCACAUCGCUGAGGAGGCUGACAGGAAGUACGAGGAGGUGGCACGCAAGCUGGUGAUCAUCGAGGGCGACCUGGAGCGCACCGAGGAGCGCGCGGAGCUGGCGGAGUCGCGCUGCCGAGAGCUGCAGGAGCAGAUCAGAGCCAUGGAGCAGAACCUGAAGGGUCUGGCGGUGGCUGAGGAGCAGUACUCCCAAAAGGAGGACAAAUACGAGGAGGAGAUCAAGAUCCUGACGGACAAACUGAAGGAGGCUGAGACCAGGGCAGAGUUUGCUGAGCGCUCAGUGGCCAAGCUGGAGAAGACAAUCGAUGACCUGGAAGACGAGCUCUAUGCCCAGAAACUGAAGUACAAAGCCAUUAGUGAGGAGCUGGACCACGCCCUGAAUGACAUGACCUCCAUACCUCCAGCUGGUGCCCACCUCUGUGCCAACCUUUGCCUCUUGCCUCUGGAAGGGACUUUGCUGGGGGCUUGGAGUGGCUCUAAAGUUGCUUCGACAGAUCCCGGUGCCCACUUUGGUGCCCACUUUGCUGCUUUCACCUGGCACCUCUGCCCACCUGCUUUCAUGGGCACCUGAGGGCCAACUCUCUGCCCUCUCCAGGGGGCAUUUCCCCCCCCUCCUUGCCAGGGGGAGCUGUGGCAGUGGCUGCCAGGGUUGGCUCUGCUCCCUCCGUGCCUCCUCCGCUCCUUCAGGCUUCCUAACAGCUGCUCGGCAGUGCCAGGUUGGCACCGUUGGGUGCCCUCCUGCCACCCUCCCCCCCUGCCUCCUCACCUGGUUUGCUGUGCCCAGGACCCUUCCCUCUGGCCCCCACGGGGGGCAUUCUGCU